AUGGCUAGAUUCCACGAAUAUCAGGUGGUUGGUCGCAAGCUCCCUUCCGCUCAGGAGGCUGCCCCCAAGCUCUACCGCAUGAGAAUUUUCGCUCCCAAUGUCGUUGUUGCCAAGUCUCGCUUCUGGUACUUCUUGAAGAAGCUUCGCAAGGUCAAGAAGGCCGCUGGUGAGAUCGUUUCCGUCAACGAAAUCUCCGAGAAGCGUCCCGAACAGAUCAAGAACUUCGGUAUCUGGCUCCGUUACGAUUCUCGCUCUGGCACCCACAACAUGUACAAGGAAUACCGUGAGAUGUCCCGUGUCGAAGCCGUCGAAACCUGCUACCAGGAUAUGGCUGCUCGUCACCGUGCUCGCUUCAGCUCCAUUCAGAUCAUCCGCGUUGCCGAGAUCGCUUCUGCCGAUAUCCGUCGCCAGUACAUCAAGCAGCUCUUGACUCCCAAGCUUUCCUUCCCCUUGCCCCACCGUAUCCAGCGUGCUGAAAAGGGUCACCGUUCCCUUUUCGUGGCCAAGCGUCCCAGCACUUUCUACUAA